AUGUCGCCGUCGGCAUUUUCCGAGGCUGCGGAUCGAAGCGCAGGGAAGCGGAAUCGCUCGCCGAAGAGGGAGAAAGAGGGUGCCACCCAGUGGGAGAAAAAAACCUCCGUUGGCUUUGUGAAUGACUUUUGGUUUAACUGCCGCGGCUUUCGCCUGCCAAAGAGGAGGGCGGGCGGGCGGGAGAAGGCGCGCGGGUUCGAAGGCGCGGGAGUGUUGGCGGCGGAGGCGGCGCUGAGGUGCUCUGGUGAAGACAUGGCAGCCGUGACGCCACAGAAAAGGACCCGUAGUUCUACUGAUACUGAUGGUUCAGCCUUUGAGACUCCUCUGAAAAAAACGAUGACAGGCUUUGAAGGUCUCUCUCCGCUCAAGAAAUCGAGAAAUAAUUGGUUUGCUUCUCAAAUAAAAUGGUCAUCAAGCUCCAGCGAUGAGAUGAAAGAAAAUGAGGCUGUCCCGGUGAAGCUGGCACUGUCGAGGAGGCUGGAUGUUUCACCCCGUCAGGCAGCCAGCGUUCCCACAGCCGCGCAGAGGGAGUCCUCGAGGAAAUUAUCCCCAAAGACGGCCUCCUCGUACAAGCCCCUUGUGCCUGCGAUGUCUUUUUAUAGCAAGGAAAAGCGAUACCUUACUCCUCUUGAGAGGAAACAACUGAACGAGAGCCACUCUUUGGGUGAGAGGAACAGGGAUGAAAAUCUCCCAGCUGCCAGCAGGACUGAGAAGAUGAACAGGAACUUGAGCAGGAAUAUAAGCUCAAAGCCAACCAAGCACGCAGCUAACUCCAAGCAUGGCAAAACUCUCUCCAAAACACUGAAGAAGGCAAAGGGAGAGACGCCAGCAGGAAAACCCAGUGUGGAGAAAGAGAAUGUGAAUUGCCUAAUUAAAAAGAAGAUGGAUUCACCCUUCAGAGUUCUAAGCAUGACAGUUAAACCAGCCCUGAAACUCCAGUUGGGAGCAGCGUUCUUUUCUGCCCAGAAGAAAUCGCACUCUAAAAAAAUAGUUGUAGACACUAAGUCCCUCCAGAGUCUCCCCAAAUCCCUGCAAGAAAAGGAUCAGUCUGGACCACCGACAACUCCAAAGUCUAAUUCAGCCGAUAGAAACAAAGGUCUUGAGGCGGAUGGUGUCUUGAGAAGUAUUUCUGUGCCUCAGAAGAAGGAAAAUGAGAACGGGGCAGACUUUACAGGCUCUGUAAAUCAAGAGAGAGAUUCGGCAUGUGAAGGUAAAACACCUCUGCAGAAAAGCGGAAGCGCCUCUGGUCCGUUUUGUGCUUCCCAGUCUGCAGCCGCAGGAGACAGCGAUGCAGAGAACGUGGUAAGUCGAGGUGAAAUCAGUUCUUCUACAACCUGCGAGUCAGAUGAUGGCAUUAUUCCUUCAAGCCAAUCUCCGCGUGAGGUGAAUAAGCGAGUAUCUCCUUCAAAUGCUGUUGUCUACCCCAUAUUCACUGCACCCCCUGCCAGCAAGAAAAGGUGCUGCAGACAAGACAGAAGUUGUAAUAAAAAUGGGACGCAGGCUGUGCUGGAUGAACUGACUUCUCCGUUUGGGUCCAGCCCACCUGCAAAAACAUCUCACAUCUCAGCAAGCAAGAAGGCGAAAGAGCUCUGCAAGCGCUCCAGAGAUCAGAUGAUCAUUGAUGCCGGUCAGAAGCAUUUCGGUGCCGUUGUUUGCAAGUCGUGCAACAUGAUCUACACGGCUGCUAGCCCGGAGGAUGAGGCCCAGCACAUCCAGCACCACGAGAGAUUCCUUGAGGGACUCAGAUACGUGGGUUGGAAGAAAGAGCGGGUUGUGGCAGAGUUCUGGGAUGGGAAAAUUGUUUUGAUUCUUCCAAAUGACCCAAAAUACGCUGUCAAGAAGGCAGAAGACGUGCGAGAAAUUGUAGAUAAUGAAUUGGGAUUUAAGCAAGUUUCUUUGAGCUGCCCAGCCAAGACUAAAAUAUACUUGUUUGUGUCCAACGAGAAGAUGAUUGCUGGGUGCUUAGUGGCUGAAUCAGUCAAGCAGGCUUUCCGGGUGCUGUCUGAGCCGGGCGCCGUGCUGUCCCCCAGCCAGGACAGUCUGCAGCACCAGCGGGCUUGGCGCUGCUCCUCCCAGUCGGAGCCUGCCGUCUGUGGCAUCAGCAGGAUCUGGGUGUUCGGGCCGAAGCGCGGGAAGGGCAUCGCCCGUCGCAUGGUGGACGUGGUCAGGAGCACCUUCAUGUAUGGCUGCUACCUGAGCACCGACGAAAUCGCCUUCUCCGACCCGACGCCGGAUGGCAAGUUGUUUGCAACGAAAUACUGCCAAACCCCUAACUUCCUUGUUUACAAUUUUAUUUCUAACAACUGAUUCGACUUAAUUAUUACAAGUUGAGGUUUGGUGAUUUAAGAUAAUUUGUGUGUUUAAAUUAACACUUAAGCGUUGUUACCUGGCUAAACGCUGUUUUCCUGCUGAGCGCUAGUUUUUCCUCUCCUUGCGAGUGAGCUGGGGGAGAGUGUGUCACUUUGUGUACAGAAUUGUUAUA